AUGCGGGUUGUCACGCAGUCGGUAGUCCCGCGCGACAUCACCGAUGAAUUUACAUCCGCUGCCUCAAAGCUGAAAACUGGCCAGCUCGUCAAAGAUGAUUACUUCACGCUUUUCGAAGCAGUUGGGGCGCUGGAGAUUAUGGACUCCAAGAUGGAUAGUGGAUAUCUAGGCCCCGGCGAAAACCAUGCGCAGGCUUUGGAUGACGAUUACGAUGUGACGCGGGAGCUUAGUCCGGAGGAGGUCCUUGGUAUUAUGGACGGAUUGCUGUGUCAUGAGAUGGCAUGGCAUAUGGGCCACCCUCUUUCCCAAACCCUCUUCACAUCCCUGUACCUUGAUAAGCUCUUGUGGCCGGUCCCGAAGUCGCUCGAUGAAGCCACCUUCUCUCGCGGACGUGCCGCGAGUAAUGACAAGGAAGCCCCGGUCGUGCAUCUGGUACUGCGUGCUUAUUGUCUGGCGCUCCUCAAAUGCUGCGACUUUGUUCAUGCACGAGUAGCCACUGAAUACUAUUUCGAGGAAGAGGACUUUGUCACCCAGCUCUACAAUCGCAGCCUGCUGUCGCAAUUCGAACCGGAGCCAUUCUACGACCUCCUUCAUCAAGCGAUUUAUUGGGUUGACGAACAGAAGGAUAAGUUGGAUGAGAACGUGCGGCAGGCCAUAAAAACCAGACUGCUCUUCCGACGUGACUUUCUGAAGGGCAUGGAACAAGAUAUCGAAGUGAUUGAGACGAGGUCAAAGGAGCCGUUUUUGGCUUGUCUGCCCCAAUUGGAUGAUAUGGCCAAAUCGACGACCCUUGGAGCGCAAGUGCCUGAUUCGUUCAGUUGGAAGAUUCAAAGAAAACUGGCCAGCACUGUGCCGCCACGACCGAUGGUGAAUAUCAAUUUCGACGAUGCGCUGGCGCAUCUGAGGCGACUAUGUCAAGACGCAAUUGAUCUCCAAGAAGUCAUCGGUUACCGCGGUCCUUACAAUUUCAAGGUAAUUGUCUGGACUUUGCUGUCACGCAAGCCUCAGCCAUCAGUAUAUAUCCGAUCGCUGGUUCAGUCAAUGAUCGUAAACAACAUGACGAUACUGGGAGCCGUCCCGGUUAAACAGUUCCUGUACGAUGAGCUCGCGGAGCUUGUACUACCGUCUAGUAUACUUCUGCAAGCCAACAUGGACGAUAUUGAGGUGCCUUCAGACCCCCGCUUCCAGAUUGCCAAGCAAAUGGACGCGUUCGUGCAGCGCUUCUCCCAGCCUUUUGUGGACACGUUCCGUAGUUCCUGCCUGAAUCGCUGCCGCAUCCGCCGUACUGUUUGCCAUACCAUUGUCGACUGGGAUAACUUGCAAAUGGAGGCGGAAGAUCUGGAUGAGCAACUCCGUACCCUCAGCAAAGAACCCCCGCUGAUGCUCGCUAAUGGCGACGCAACGUACUCAUACCCUCUUAGUAGCUGGGCCUACCAUCAGAAACUGGUUCAAUUCCGCCUCAUUCUUCAGCUCGGGUUCGAGCUUUCUAUCUACGCACCGGAAGAACUACCGGGGAUGUACUGGUACCUGUCCCACAUUUGUUCUACCCAUCUAGGCCAUAUCGAUCGUAUCCGCACGUUCACUGUCGCCACGGCCAAACGAAACCUUCCCGAUGUGGCCGCCAAGAAGCGCGAUGCUCUUGAACGCCAUGCUGCCCUCCAGAAGUCCCUCAAACUGCUCGAACGGCUCACGACGCAAAUCGUUGCGAUUGACGCAUUUGCGAUUUCCCUGCACGCCCUGUACGUGCUACUUGCUCGCCAUCGUGUCCUGCCAACAGCCUCGUCACCCCAAGCGUACUCCAGCGACCGGUUGCGCUACGAACUCCGCAUGAAACCAUUCCUUUCAAUUACCUUGCCGGAAUUGGUCCCCUACGAUGAGUACCGCCGGGAAGCGGUGCUCGAAGGGGACAGUGACGAGAUCGUGCUGGAGCGUGCCACUAAGGCGAUCUCGGAAGCCCGGAAAGCGUGGGAAGCCACGCUAGCGAACGGGGCUUUUAUCCGCGAUUCCGAUGGCGAGGAGAGCCCCGCACCGGCCAUUGAAGAAGACUGGAAGCGCGACAUCAAAGACACGAAGCGCGCCUGCAUCGGUGCCAGUAUUGCCAUCGGAACAGUCAAGGAAGCAUUGGAGAAGCGCACGCCAAAGGAACAAUCUGAUGAAGCGGCCAACCGCCCAUCGAUAAACCUCCAGGUGACCAUUCCAGAGGUUGGAAGUAAGGCCCGUUGGCAUGAUUGGUGGAUAGUCCCGCAGAUUUCCCAAGGGACAGUAGCAACCUCUAAGAAGACGUGA